AUGGCGCAAUCUUAUGUUCUUGGAGUGGGCAUGACCCAGUUUCUGAAGCCUCGUCGCACCCGUGAAUACCCCGAGCUUGGCUAUGAAGCAGCAGUCAAGGCACUGACCGAUGCCCAUAUCACUUACGAUGAUGUGCAAACCGGCGUUGCCUGUUACUGCUACGGGGACACGACUUCAGGACAGCGGAUUAUGUACCAGCUAGGUAUGACCGGCAUCCCCAUCUAUAAUACCAAUAAUGCGUGUGCGACCGGCUCUACUGGCUUGCACCUUGCGCGGACUUUGGUGAAAGGGGGUGUAGUUGACUGCGUGCUCGUGGUCGGCUUUGAGCAGAUGCGCCCGGGGUCUAUCAAAAGUGUAUGGGAUGACCGACCGAGCCCGUUGGGGCCAUCGACAACACUGAUGGAGGAUAAUUACGGGAAACAUUCGAGCCCUAGGAAUGCACAGUAUUUUGGUAAUGCAGGGCAGGAAUAUAUGGAUAAAUAUGGCGCCAAAGCACAGGACUUCGGUGAAAUUGCUCGGAUUUCGCAUGAGCAUUCACAACGGAAUCCAUAUGCUCAAUUCCGAACUCCAUACUCUUUGGAUCAGAUCCUGGACCCCAAGACCCAGAUAUAUGGACCUUUGACGAAGCUCCAAUGUUCCCCAACAAGCGACGGAGCAGCAGCAGCAGUCAUUGUAUCGCAACGAUUUCUAGAUGCGCGACCUCACCUCAAGUCACAGGCAAUACUGAUGGCUGGUCAGCAGUUGAUGACAGACGGACCCGAGGUAUAUUCCCGAAGCGCAAUCGAUCUUGUUGGGUUCAAUAUGUCGCGGCAAGCCGCACAGCUGGCGAUGCAGGAAGCCGGCGUGAAAGCAAAAGAUGUCAAGGUCUGCGAGCUUCAUGAUUGCUUCUCCACCAACGAGCUUCUUCUACUUGAUGCGCUUGGCUUUUCGGAACCAGGGAAAGCCCAUGAGAUGGUUCGGCGAGGAGAUAUCACCUACGGUGGCCGCGGCCCAGUGAUCAAUCCAUCUGGAGGCUUGAUAUCCAAAGGCCAUCCUCUGGGGGCCACAGGCCUUGCUCAGUGUGCAGAACUCACCUGGCAGUUGCGCGGAUGGGUAAACAAUCGAUUGGUCCCUGGGACGGAUGUCGCGUUGCAGCAUAACCUCGGACUGGGAGGAGCUGUGGUUGUGACAAUCUAUAAACGAGCUGAUGGAAAGGCGAGCAAGGCAAUUUCAAGUGAGGAAAUUAGCAAGGUUUCAGGGCUGGGGUAUAACCCUGCCGUGGAAGCUCGAUACAUCACCCCCGAAGAUGGCGAACGUGUACGUAGCAAAACAAAAAGCCUUGACUAUCCGCUUCUCGAUACGACAGAAAAGCUCAAAGCCCGCAUAUGA